AUGUGUGCACAGGGGUUCCUCAAGUUGGUGCUGCUGCUGGCUGCUUCACUUCUAACUCUGCUGCCUGCCAUUCCUCAAACUUUCUCCCUAUCCCUGCGGAGUGGCUCCCGCAGCGCCUCCUCAUGUAGACUGUCCCGUGCUGAGUCGGAACGCAGGUGUCGUGUCCCAGGGGGAAAGUUGUGCAGCGGCAGAGGCCAAUGUGACUGCGGUGUCUGCAUCUGCCAAGUGACUGAGCCGGGCAAAUACUACGGUCCGCUGUGUGAGUGCCACGAGUGGGUGUGUGAGACUUAUGAUGGCGAGACUUGUGCAGGCCAUGGAAAGUGUGACUGUGGGAAAUGCAAAUGUGAUGAAGGCUGGUAUGGUGACUCUUGUCAGUACCCAACUACUUGCAACCUUACACGGAAGAAGAGCAAUGAAAUGUGUAAGAAUUCUCAAGAUAUUAUCUGUUCUAAUGCAGGCGUAUGCCAAUGUGGCAGAUGCAAGUGUGAGAAUUCGGAAGGGAAUGGACUCAUCUAUGGUAAAUUUUGUGAGUGUGAUGACCGAGAAUGCAUAGAUGAUGAAACAGAAGAGAUCUGUACAGGCCAUGGAAAGUGUUACUGUGGAAACUGUUACUGUGAGGCUGGUUGGCAUGGAGAUAAAUGUGAAUUCCAGUGUGACAUCACCCCAUGGGAGAUCAAGAAAAGAUGCACAUCUCCAGAUGGCAAAAUCUGCAGCAACAGAGGCACGUGUAUAUGUGGUGAAUGCACAUGCCAUGAUGUGGACCCAACUGGUGACUGGGGAGAUAUUCAUGGAGAUACCUGUGAGUGUGAUGAAAGAAAUUGCAAGGCAGUGUAUGACAGAUAUUCUGAUGACUUCUGUUCAGGUCAUGGACAGUGUAAUUGUGGAAGAUGUGAUUGUAAAAAAGGAUGGACUGGAAAGAAGUGUGAACAUCCACGUUCUUGUCCAUUGUCAGCUGAGGACAGCUCUAAGAAAUGCCAAGGAAGCUCUAAUUUACCUUGCUCCGGAAGAGGGAAAUGUGAAUGUGGCCAGUGCACUUGUUUCCCUCCAGGAGAUAACAGAGUUCAUGGUAAAACCUGCGAAUGUGAUGAUCGACAGUGUGAAGAUAUGGAUGGCAAUGUCUGUGGGGGCCACGGCCUCUGUUCUUGUGGGCGAUGCGUCUGCGAGGACGGAUGGUUUGGACAGUUGUGUCAAUAUCCAAGAAAGUGCAACAUGACAGAAGAUGAGAGCAAAAGCUUUUGUGACUCAGCCAAUGGCGUAUUGUGCUCGGGAAAAGGUUCCUGUCACUGUGGAAAGUGCAUCUGUUCCCCCCAGGAAUGGUACAUUUCAGGGGAAUUUUGUGAAUGUGAUGACAGAGACUGCGACAAACAUGAUGGUCUCAUUUGCACAGGCAAUGGUCUAUGUAGCUGUGGAAACUGUGAAUGCUGGGAAGGAUGGAAUGGGAAUGCUUGUGAAAUCUGGCUUGGGACAGAAUACCCUUAA